CCAAGAUGUGGGGCCGUUUCCUGGCCCCGGAGGCCGGCGGCCGGGACAGCCCCGGCGGAGCCCGCAGCUUCCCGGCGGGCCCAGAUUAUUCAUCAGCAUGGUUACCUGGUAAUGAAUCAUUGUGGCCGACCACAGCUGUUCCAUCUAACCAUCGAAAUAACCAUAUCAGGAGACAUAGUAUAGCAUCUGACAGUGGAGACACCGGCAUUGGCACUUCCUGUUCUGACAGCGUGGAAGAUCAUUCAACUUCAAGUGGCACUUUAUCUUUUAAGCCCAGCCAGUCAUUGGUUACUCUUCCCACUGCCCAUGUGAUGCCAUCCAACUCCAGUGCUUCAGCUUCCAAACAUAGGGAGUCCUUAGCAUCAGAUGUCUCUAAGUGGAGUACAAGCCUCAUGCAAACAUUGGGAGGCCACAAUAGGGGUGAGCAGGACUCUUCACUAGACAUGAAGGAUUUCCGGCCAUUGCGAAAAUGGUCAUCUUUGUCCAAACUUACUGCUUCGGAUAACUGCAGCCAGGCUGGCACUAUAUGCACAGAAGACUUGAGGGAUGGUUUGGAAAAGACAGGGAAGGGUAAGGCUUUUAUGACACAAUUAAGGACCUUUGGGCCUAACUGUUUACAUGAUAGUAUGGAGAUGCUUAAGCUGGAAGACAAAGAAAUGUAUAAGAAACGGUCAUCAACUCUGGACUGCAAGUAUAAAUUUGAGAGUUGUAACAAAGAGGACUUUCGAAGCUCUUCCUCCACUUUUAGGAGACAGACCUUAGACAUGACAUACAGUGCCUUACCUGAGAGCAAGCCCAUUGUGAAAAGCUCAGAGGUUUAUGAACCUCCAAAAUUUUUAAUGCUUGGUCAGCAGGCAGUAGGUGGACUUCCCAUUCAGCCUUCUGUGAGAACUCAGAUGUGGCUAACAGAACAGUUACGUACAAACCCACUGGAAGGCAGAACUACAGAGGAUUCGUACAGCUUAACCCCUUGGCAACAGCAGCAAAUUGAAGAGUUUCAACAAGGAAGUGAAACACCAAUGCAGGUUUUUACUGGAUCAUCUCGUCAAAGUUAUUCACCCUCUGGUUUUCAAGAUUUCAAUAAGUGGGAAUCAGUGCUGAAAAUAAAAGAAGGACUUCUAAGGCAAAAAGAAAUUGUAAUUGAUAGGCAAAAGCAACAAAUUACCCACCUGCAUGAGAAGAUAAGGGAUAAUGAAUUACGAGCACAGCAUGCCAUGCUAGGACAGUAUGUAAAUUGUGAAGACUCUUACAUGACUAGUUUACAGCCACAAUAUGACCACACUUCAGUCCAGACACCAUUUUCAGAGCAGUUACUGUCCCAACCUCAGCACGAGGAGCUUGAGCAGAAACUUGCUUCCACUGAGAAAGAGGUUUUGCAGCUCAAUGAGUUUCUCAAGCAAAGAAUAAACCAGUUUGGUGAAGAAAAAAAGAAACUGGAGGAAAAGCUGAAAACCAGAGAUAGAUACAUCAGCAGUCUGAAAAAGAAAUGCCAGAAGGAAUCUGAACAAAAUAAAGAAAAGCAGAGAAGAAUUGAAACUUUGGAAAAGUAUCUGGCUGAUCUUCCAACUCUAGAGGAUGUGCAGAGUCAGAGUCUCCAGCUGCAGGUUCUUGAAGAAAAAAAUAAGAAUUUGCAAGAAGCUUUGACAAAUACAGACAAAAAACUUGAAGAGAUCAAAAGACAAUGUCAAGACAAAGAAACACAAUUAGUAUGCCAGAAAAAGAAAGAAAAGGAAUUAGUAACUUCUAUUCAGAGCUUGCAACAAAAAGUAGAAAAAUGCCUUGAAGAUGGAAUUCGUCUUCCCAUGUUAGAUACCAAACAGCUUCAAAAUGAAAAUGACAAUCUCAGAGAGCAAAAUGAGACUGCUAGUAAGAUAAUAAAGAGCCAACAAGAUGAAAUCAACCGAAUGAGUUUAGAAAUUCAGUCCAUGCAAGGGAAACUUUCUAAAGAGAAAUUGGCUACAGAAAACAUGAUGGAAGAAUUGGAAAAGAAAGAAAGAAACCUGCAGAGAUUGACAAAAGCCCUGCGAGAAAACCAAAGACAAGCAGAAGAGACAUGCUGUUUAUUAGAUCAGAGCCACGAAGCAGACCAAUCUAGACAACAGACUACUCAUUCUAAAUGGCCUCGAUUUGACUUGACUGUGAUUGAUCAGCUGUUCAAGGAAAUGUCCUAUUGUUUGUUUGAUUUGAAAGCGUUGUGCAGUAUUCUUAAUCAGCGAGCUCAGGGCAAAGAGCCUAACCUUUCAUUAUUACUGGGAAUCCGAUCAAUGAACUGUUCAGCUGAAGAGACUGAAAAUGAUCACAGUCCAGAAGCACUCACUAAAAAACUGUCAGAUGUGUGCCAGUUACGGAGGGACAUUGAUGAAUUAAGGACUACAAUAUCAGACCGCUAUGCUCAGGACAUGGGAGACAACUGUGUUACACAGUGACGAAGUGUUUGUCCCACAGCAAUAAUGAUUCAUAGUUAAAUGCUGCUGUGUCAUGGUUCUGUGUUUUUCUUUUUAGGAGUUGAAAUGGAAAAUUCCUAGCUACAUGCCUUGCAUAUAGGGUUUUUGUUUGUUUUAUUGAGGAAGUAUUAAGUUAUCAAAUCAGGCCAAAAAAAAAUCAAAUUCCUAUUUGAAAACUGAGACAAAGCCUACUAGAAAAGAAAAAUAUCUGUAUUCUCAAACUACUGAUUGUAGGACCAAGCUGUGAACAGUACCCUUCAGACAAAGGGUUAGGGCUUCCUUUUCUCCUGUUUUCUGGGUGUGUUUGUGCAUGUAUGUAUGCACUUUAUUCAGAAAAUCCUACAGAUUUCAGUAGUCAUAAAGCAAAGCUUCUAAGAAAGGCACACAGUUUAUUCAUUUUGUAUAGAGGCUUCUGUUACUGUUGGGGAUUUUUCAAGGGUUGGCUGAUGACCUCCAACACCAGGGCAGUGUUCUGAUAUAGGAGGACAGCAGACAACAAAAAGAAUCAUUGUGUGUAGAUGGUCAGGUGCAGGAUUGGACUGAUAGUACUGAGCGGAUAUGUUUUUCCACAGUGAUGAUGGAUCGUCUUAGGGGUGUAAAAUUUUGAUGCAAUGAUCUUUUUCAUUAGCAUUAUAGUUUAUUAUUAGAAGGGAAAUUAACAUAAUUUAAAUUAAUUUGAACAUGACCCUUAUUAUUUACAAUUUUUUAUAUAUUUGUAUGUAUACCAAUAUAAGCAAAGCCAUGUAUAAUUAAUACCUUUUACAACCUCAAAUGUCUGUUGUAAAAUGAAAAAUUAACAAAAUAGUUGUGGAACAAUUGCUUAUUUACAUUUUAACAAUUUCUACUUUAGAGUUGAAACUACUUUAAGAGAGAACCAGUUCAUAUUUACAUCUGUUUGGUUUUUGUUUUUUCUGAGGUAGGGUCUUGCUGUAGCCCAGGCUGACCCAGAAGUCUCUAUGUAGCCUCAGACUGGCCUUAAACUCAUGGAGAUCCUCUACCUCUGCCUCCUGAGUGCUAGGGUAAAAGUAUCACCAUGCCUGGCUAUAUUUAUGUCUGAAUUAACACUAACAUGAAACAAAAUCUAAGUGUCAAUGCUAUUUUAAUAUGUUUUAUUUGGCUUAUUACAUUAUAAACAGAGUUUUUCAUGCAGCAUGAAAUUGGUAGGCUAGUUCAUAUGGAACACAGGGUGUUACUAUGAAAUGCAACUGAUUUUUUGUUUGUUUGUUUGUUUUGGUUUGGUUUGGUUUUCGAGGUAGGGUCUCACUCUAGCCCAGGCUGACCUGGAAUUCACUAUGGAGUCUCAGGCUGGCCUCAAACUCACGGCAAUCCUCCUACCUCUGCCUCCCGAGUACUGGGAUUAAAGGCAUGCGCCACCAUGCCCGGCAAAAUGCAACUGAUUUUAAACAGACAUACACAGUCAUUUAAGUUUCCAUUUGAAUAUUGUCCAUGUUUCAGUUGAUAUUUGUAAAGACUAUACUAAGUUUAUUACCUUCGGAAAAUUCACUAUAUUCUUUAAAGUGUAGGUAAAAUAUUGUCUUUUAAAAGUUGAUUUGAUUUUUUUGAUGUAACCAAGUUUCAUUCAGGCUACACUAAAAAAUAAGAAAAGAUGUGAAACAAGCAGGAUCUUGACUGAGAGGAUAUCACAUAUAUACUGAUGUAAAGGUUGUUUCUAGAAAAAGUUUUUCUUAAUAGUAAAGGAUCGUGGGAUAGGGCUUUCAAGGAGACUAUAAAGACACUCAGUUCAGAAUUUUGGCUUAUAUUAUACUCUCCAAAAGUUGUUUCUAUAGUUAUUUUUCAAGAAUUUAUUAUAAUACAUCAUAAAGACAUUAGAUUUCUAUUUAGUGCUUGAGUUUCCACCCUCCCCCCAACUUUUCUCUUAGGAUGAAAAUGUAUUCAUUCAUUCGUUAAUGUUAGUGCUUUAAGGACAAUCAAGAAGUCAUAAGUUUGUGCCAAAAUUCAGAUACAAAAAAAUUCUUUGCAAAAAUUAAUAUCUGCACAGAUGACCCCAUACAGGAGAUACCAGCAAGGGGGCAUUUUAUCUUCUCCCCACCCCCUUGCCAUGACUUCAGAAAUAGAAAGGCUUAAAAUGGUAGACCUCAUGAGAAACCGUUACCAAUUCUGAUCAGCAGUUUCUUGAGUUUCUUUUAGGUUUUAGUUUACUUUGGGGAUUUUAUCGUUAUUGUUAUGGUUGGUUGAAACAAAUUUAUAGUUAUUUGUCUUAAUUUGUAGGUACAGAUUCAAGGUUUACCCUCUUGAUAUGAAAUGCUGUUUUAGUGACUUUUCUUAUAAAAUUUAAUUCACAUUUUGGAGUUGAUAUUUUUAACUUAGGAAAUUAAUAAAGUGCUACUGAGGCAUUUCAAUUUCUAAAUUGUGUACUAAACCUUAAAAGGUGUUAAGGUAUGAUAGUAUAACUAUAAUGGAUUACAGAAUAUAAUCUCUUAAAGGCUGGAGUUAGUUAGUAGGCCUCAACAAUAGGUAGACAGCCUUGGAGGGGAUUUUGAGGAAAAUUAAACUGGUAGUAUUCUAGUUAAUAUUUGUGUUUUUUAUUUUGAAGUUUUUUUAAAUACCUCUCCUCAGGAUACCCUUUUGUGUAACAACAGUAAUAACAGUAGUGUCACAUUGAGAACAAAGGUUUUAUGAUUAGGUUAAUUGGGCAAAUAGCAAUAUUAUAGCAUUUCA